AUGAGGGAAACCCAUCAAUCUCCCCCUCCUAACUUAGGUGGAGGGCUCCAACAGUCCAGCUUCUCUUCUGCAAAAUUCGGAGAAAGAGGCAACGAAGGAGCAAGGGGAAUCAAUCAAUCGAAUAUUCUCGUGGGAAGAAAUUACUACCCGAAUGCUCUACUCUAUGCAGAGACUCGCUACUCGAAAUUGGAGAAGCUCAUUUUGGCCAUUGUAGUUUCCAUGAGAAAGCUGCAACCCUACUACCAAGCUCACCGAGUCAUCGUCAUGACUGACUUUCCUUCCAAAUCAAUCCUCUACAGCCCUGAUGCUUCUCAGCGACUCAUGAAGUGGGCUAUAGAUCUAAACCAAUAUGACCUCCUCUACUAG